AUGGAAGAACAAGUGAGGGCUUUGGAGGAAAAGUUGGAAGAACAAGCAAACAAUAUGCACUUGAUAAUGCAGAUGAUCAAGGAGAUUAAGGAUGGAAACGGGAACUUCGAAUCUCCAAGAAUAUCUUCUAACGGGGGCAAUCCCACAAGGCCUCAAGGUAUGAUCCCUAAACUGCAGUUUCCUACAUUUGAUGGGACAAAUCCUAGAAAUUGGGUGAAGAAGUGCAGUAGAUACUUUGCUCUUUGUAACAUUGCUAGUGAAUGUAGAGUUAAUUUGGCAUCGUUGUAUAUGACCGAGAAGGCUGAAAACUGGGUUUCCAGUUAUCUUGAUGUAAGGAAAAAUGUGGAGUGGGAUGAUUUCAUUAUUGAUUUGUGUGCAAGAUUUAAAGAUGAUAAAGGAAUGCAUGCUAUAGAACACUUUAAUAAGUUGGAACAGGGUGAAAGUUUGGAAGAUUAUAUUGAUGAAUUUGAGAAUCUGAGAUCUGUUUUGUUACAAAAUGGAAGAAUGUUACCUGAUGAUUAUGUGUUGGAUAGUUUCAUUGGUGGUUUGAAACCUGUAAUUAAACCAUUUGUCAGAUCUUUUAAUCCUACUACCAUAGCUGAGGCUGUAAAGUUUGCUAGAAUUCAAGAAGAGCAGAUUGCAGCUUGUUCUUACAAAUCCUUUGCUAAACCAUCUUUGGUGCCACUAAACACAACCUAUAAAUCCUCAAAUUCUGCCUCACUGCUUUCAAACUCAAAUAAACCACCUCUUUUACCUACUCCCUUGAUUAAGCCCACACAAAUUACCAAAAACAAGCAGAACAGACCUUUUAAACACAUUCCAGCUGAUGUUAGAGCACAGAAAAUUGCAAAAGGGCUGUGUUAUUACUGUGAUGAGAAAUACGAUAGGAAUCAUAAGUGUAGGUUCAGAGAACCACAACUUUUUACUGUGGAAAUUCCUUGUUCUGAAGUGGUUGGCUGUGAAGAAGAGGAGGAUGAUCUGGGGAGUGAGACAGACUUGCUUCUUGCUGAAUCUGAACCAUGCAUUUCAGGGCUUCCAUACUAUGAGAGUCAUUGGAAUGUUGCAGAUGGGAACCACAUAGCUUGUGAGCAUAGAUGCAAGAAUUUUGCCUGGAAGAUGCAUAAAAAAGAGUUUAGUGCAGCUGUAAUGAUGAUAUCUUUGGGGGGAUGUGACAUGGUAUUAGGUGUUCAGUGGUUGAGUACACUUGGGCAAAUCAGUUGGGAUUUCAAACAGUUAAUCAUGCAGUUUGAAGUGGACGGUGAAUUGUUUGCUUUGAAGGGUGUAUCACCUAAGAAACUGAAAGUAGUAGAAGGAGAGCCAAGUGAGAAGUUGUGGGAUGGGGUUGCUCAAUUAUGUCUGUUACAAAUGGUAGAUAUUGGUUGUCUGGGUAUGGAAAUGCAGGAUGGAGAGUUGGAUGAAGUUGAUGAACCGAAACUAGUGAAGUUGAAAGAAGAAUUCAGCAUGGUCUUUGAUGAUCCAAUUGAUUUACCACCUCACAGGGGUGUGUUUGAUCAUAAAAUUCCCUUGGAACCUAACACUAUGCCUGUCAACAUAAGACCGAACAGAUAUCCUCUUAAACAAAGGGAUAUCAUUGAACAACUAGUCCAAGAAAUGGUUGACAGGGGCAUUGUGCAGAAUAGUUCAAGUCCAUUUUCUUCUCCAGUGGUAGAGCUGAAUAAGAGGACCGUGAAGGACAAAUUCCCUAUACCAGUUGUAGAGGAAUUGAUUGAUGAAUUAGCUAGUGCUGCUGUUUUCAGUAAGUUGGAUCUUAGGGCUGGUUACCAUCAACUUAGAAUUCACCCUGAUGAUGUGUAUAAGACGGCAUUUAAAACACACACGGGACACUUUGAGUUCUUGGUGAUGCCUUUUGGCCUCACAAAUGCCCCGGCUAGUUUCCAGAAUUGGAUGAAUAAGGUUUUUAAGCCACUGUUGAGGAGGUGUGUGUUUGUUUUCUUUGAUGAUAUUCUGAAAGUGGAGUAUCUAGGACAUUUUAUCUCAGCAACUGGAGUUGAAACUGAUCCAAGAAAGAUUGAAGCAGUGUCCAAGUGGCCAAUUCCUACUUCAGUUAAGGAAUUGCGGAGCUUCCUAGGUCUUACUGGCUAUUAUAGGAAGUUUGUAAGGAACUAUGCAGUGAUCUGCAAACCAUUAAAUGAGCUUUUGAAGAAAGGAGCUUAUGGUUGGAAUGAAAAUGCAUAA